AUGGCUGCAUUAAAUCGACUUAUUAAAUUAUCUGAAGGGUUUAAAGGUCUAGCAAGUGCACAUGGGUAUCGAUUGCAAGCCUCCAAGACUUUUUAUACUUAUGUCAACGAGCCGGCGAUGCCUAUUCCUGACAAGGAACCUUGCUGGGUCAAGUCCGCUGAAGAAGCCGUUGAAAGAGCUGGUUUAGCAUCUGAUCAAAUUGUGUUUGUCCAAGGAGCUGCAGCAACUCCUGUGGAAUUAUUGAGAGGUCUUACUGAGGUUGGAAUUAAGUCUAAUGUUAAAAAUGUACGAUUGUGUCACAUGCAUUUGGAAGGAGCUGCUCCAUUUGCAAAGACUGAAAAUGCUAAACACUUUAGAUCCGUGAGCUUUUUUAUCGGUGGUAAUGUCCGAGGAGCUGUAAAUGAAGGUACAGCUGAUGCUAUUCCAAUUUUCCUUCAUGAAAUACCGAAGAUAUUUAAUCAAGAUUAUAUGAAACCUGACAUCGCUCUUAUUCACGUGACACCUCCAGACAGUAAAGGAUAUUGUUCAUUGGGAACUAGCGUUGAUUGUGUUCGCGCAGCUCUUAUUAAGUCGAAAAAAAUCGUCGCUCAGGUUAAUGAAAACAUGCCUAGGACUUUUGGUGACGCAAUUAUUCACAAAAGUCACAUCGACUUUGCUGUUGAGCACAAUGGGCCUCUGCCAGCUCAUCCUGUUAAGGCACCAACUGACAAAGAACGAGCGAUCGGCAAACAUAUUGCUGAGAAUUUGGUAGCUGAUGGAGCGACUCUUCAAUUGGGUAUUGGAAGUAUUCCUGACGCAGUAUUAGCUCAGUUGAAGAACCAUAAGAACCUUGGUAUUCAUAGUGAAAUGUUUAGCGAUGGUGUUGUUGAUCUGGUUAAUAUUGGAUGUAUUACUAAUAACAAAAAGUCUAUUCAUCGCGGAAGAAUUGUUGGAUCUUUUUGUAUGUUGGUUGUCGAUUACGUAAACGACCCGAGAAUAAUAGCCAAGCAACCAAAAAUGACUUGUAUCAAUUCGUGCAUUGAAGUAGACUUAACCGGACAAAUUUGUUCAGACAGUAUCGGAACACGAAUGUACUCUGGAUUCGGAGGCCAGGUAGAUUUCCUGACCGGCGCUGCGAUGAGUGAGGACGGUUUGGGCCAGCCAAUUGUUGCAUUAAAUUCAACAACUGCUGAUGGAAAAACCAGCAAAAUUACUCCGGUAUUGAAAUCAGGAGCCGGUGUGGUGACCAGCAGAGCUUUGGUCAGAUACGUCGUGACCGAGCACGGAAUCGCGAGUCUGUUUGGUAAGACUCUGAAGCAACGUGCUCACGCGCUUAUAAACAUUGCUCAUCCAAAUCAUCGUGAAGCUUUGGAGAAAGCAGCUUUUGAGCGGCUCAAAGGAAUGCCCGAGCCUUGA